GUUGCAGUAGAAUCAUGUUUAGUUGUUCCUGCAUUUUUUCCAAUUGCGCAGGCAUAGGAGAGCUCGGAGCUGAGGGAGGCACAGGACUCCCUUCCCUCCGGACCUCGACACCGAGUGAACGUCUCUAAACCGCUGUUAUUUAUUUAGUAAACAUAUUAUUCAAAAAAUUAAAUACAAAAAUCAAGGCGUAAAAUUAGGAGCGCAUAAACCAAGAGAGCUUUCGUUAGCCGUCACGUGCGGCCAUCGCCGCUACCACUACCACCGUCGCUGCCACUACCACCACCACCACCUCCAGACGUAAGCAGCCAUUUUCAUUCUCUCAAUAUAAGCUGUUUCGCGGGCGGAGUCACCGUUACCACCACUGCUGGUACCUACCUUUGAGGGGCUUGACCGUUCUGGAUUGGACGGAGGUGUGGUGUUGAACAGCCCCGCCCCUUUCAUUCAUUACGAGUACCUACAUAGUAUUUUACUAUCUUACAUUUCUGAGCUCCUGGUACCAGUGCGGCGGAUGGAGUAAACCGCAUUUGUUUAUUAUUGGAUUUUUUUAUUUUUAUUUGUUAUUUUGAGAAGAUGACCUUAAGACAUUCACCUCCCCCUGCCCCCCUCGUGCCCGAUGCGCCGGCGCCGCACUCGACUAGUACGGAAGCCAAUGUGACCAAUGUGCGUGAUCGCAGUUGUACUGGGAUGUCAUUGGGAGUACAACACUAUGACUCAGCCCCUGAUUUACGGCUGAUGUUGGAUAACGCAACAGAAAGAAAAAAAAGGAAAUUCGAAGAUAAAGAUUCUAGUGUAUCAGAAAUUAUCAAGGAAAUGUUUUCAUCAUUUACACAGGAACAGAAAUUACGAUUUAAUCAACUUCAAGCUACAAUCAAUAGCCUUACGGAACAAAAUAAUGCAUUGACGCACAGUGUUGAUAUGAUGUCAAGCAAAUAUGACGCGUUUUUAGCUAAAAUAUCUGAAAUGGAAACACAGAGAAAGGCAGAUCAGAAACUUAUUUGUUUGUUGGAAGAUAAAGUAGAAUAUCUGGAACGGAAACAAAAGUCUACUGCAAUUGAGAUCCGAAAUGUACCUAAAAAAACGGAUGAAAGCAAAAAUGACCUUUGUAAACUUGUGCAGAAUAUAGGAAACACCAUAAGCGCUGAAAUUGAUAACUGUUACCUGAAAGAUGUUUAUAGGUUAAAUUCUAAUAAAUCCUCAAAUUCGAACUUGAUAAUUGUUGAAUUUACAUCUACACUAGUUAGGAAUAACUUACUGGAAAAGUUGAAGACUUUCAAUAAGGAUAGGAUCCCUGGUGAAAAACUUAAUACUCGUCAACUUGACUGGCAUGGUCCCUGCAAGCCAGUGUAUAUUUCCGAGGCACUCACCAACAAGGCUCAAAGACUGUUUUACCUGGCGAGGACAUUUCAGAAACAAAACGGAUAUGCUUUUUGCUGGUCUUCACAUGGAGUCGUGUACCUAAGGAAAGAAGAAAAGUCUCCACACAUUAAACUAAAUUCGGAAAGCGACAUUGAAAAUCUAAGAAAGUCUAUCUGA